AAGUGAAUCCCGCGGUAACUCGACACCCGACUUCGUUACGGAUGUUUUUUGGCCUACGAGUGACGCCGUAGACCGGUCGCGUCUGCACUGGAAACAUGGCGGCCGGUGUUCUUGUCUGCCGUCCUACGAGUGUCCUUUCCAGACUUUCCAGCGCUGCGUCCCCAGCGGUGCUGCCGGCCGUUUGUGUGACUGUCCAGCAGCGCGAGGUCCACCAUGCCGUUAUCCCUCACGGGAAAGAGGGGCGCUCUUCGGUCAGUGGAGUCGCAGCCACUGUCUUUGGAGCCACCGGUUUCUUAGGCCGAUAUGUGGUCGGCCGUCUGGGGCGAAUUGGAUCCCAGAUUGUGAUUCCCCAUCGCUGUGAUCAGUAUGACAUCAUGUACCUCAGACCAAUGGCGGACCUGGGACAGAUCAUUUUCAUGGAGUGGGAUGCCAGAGACAAGGAGUCCAUCAGGCAUGCCCUGGCUCACUCCGACGUGGUCAUCAACCUGGUAGGGAGAGAGUGGGAGACGAGGAACUACGGGUUCGAGCACGUCAACGUGACGAUCCCCCAGCAGAUCGCCAAGGCGGCCCGGGAGGCAGGCAUCGCCAAGCUGAUCCACGUGUCUCACCUGAACGCAGACAUCCGCAGCCCCUCCAAGAACCUGAGGACCAAGGCCGUGGGGGAGAGCGCUGUGAGGGAUGAGUUCCCAGAUGCCAUCAUCAUGAAGCCAUCAGAGAUGUUUGGGAGGGAGGACCGGUUCUUCAAUCACUUUGCCAACAUGCGUUGGUUUGGAAAGGCUGUGCCCCUAAUCGCCUUGGGCAAGAAAACAGUCAAGCAGCCUGUCCAUGUGGUGGAUGUUGCCAAAGCCAUCGUCAGUGCUGUGAAAGAUCCAGAUUCCAAUGGGAAGACGUAUGCUCUAGUUGGUCCCCAUCGCUACCUGCUGCAUGAUCUGGUGGAGUACCUCUACGCCGUGGCUCACAGGCCGUUUGUGCCCUACCCCGUGCCACGUCCUCUGUACCACUUCGUUGCAAGGUUUUUUGAGCUCAACCCAUUUGAACCAUGGACGACACGUGACAAAGUGGACCGGUUCCACACCACAGAUAUGAAGUACCCUGGUCUUCCCGGCCUGGAGGACCUGGGCAUCGUCCCAUCCGCCGUGGAGCAGAAGGCCAUCGAGGUCCUGAGGCGUCACCGCCGCUACCGCUGGCUUGAGGCCGAGUUGGACGAGGCCAAGCCGGCCAAGACAGUGGAUUUCUAGCCUGGGAAGGCGCUGACUUGUGUGUUUGUUUGCUCUGUCAGCUGCUACCUGUAUAUACACUCAAUCAGAAGAAAUAAAACCUAUUUAAAGGUCA